UUUGAGGAAUAUACCUGCAUGUGGGAGCGCGUCAGGGAUUGUCUGUCUGAUCUGAGACUCUGGACAUAUUAAUCAGGACAGGAACGAAGAUAUCAGGUGGAGAGCAUCAAUGCAUGGAGGGAGUUUAUUAAAAUGCGGAGCGCUCACGCCACCCUGCUGUGAUUUUUUUGGGGGGAAAACACUUCAGGUGUGUGCCAAUGCUGAGGUGAACUGGUAGGGGUCGAGGUGUGUGUGGAGUGUGUGCUCCGGUCAUGGUGCCGCAUCACACACUGCCGUCUCGUCUUUACAGCGCGGCCGGCCUGCUGCUGCUGCUGCUGCUCGGACUCACUGUACACACACAUGCGGACAAUAUGCCCAGCUUCAUUAAGUCUCCAGAAGAUCAGACGGGCAUUUCUGGAGGCGUGGCUUCGUUCGUGUGCCAGGCGAUCGGGGAGCCCAAACCACGCAUCACAUGGAUGAAGAAGGGCAAGAAAGUCAGCUCACAGCGCUUUGAGGUGAUCGAGUUUGAUGACGGUUCAGGCUCCGUGUUGAGGAUCCAGCCGCUGAGGACGCACAGAGACGAAGCGAUUUACGAGUGCACGGCGACGAACAGCGCGGGAGAAAUCAAUACCAGCGCCAAACUCACCGUCCUUGAAGAGGACCAGGUCCCUCAUGGCUUUCCCAGUAUAGACAUGGGUCCUCAGCUGAAGGUGGUGGAGAAGACACGUACUGCCACCAUGCUGUGUGCUGCCAGCGGGAACCCCGACCCCGAAAUCUUCUGGUUUAAAGAUUUUCUCCCCGUCGACAUCAACGGGAGCAACGGACGCAUCAAACAGCUACGCUCAGGUGGUACGCCAAUCAGAGGUGCGCUGCAGAUAGAGAACAGCGAGGAAUCCGAUCAGGGGAAGUACGAGUGCGUGGCGACCAACAGCGCCGGGACGCGGUACUCUGCUCCGGCCAAUCUCUACGUCAGAGUUCGGCGAGUCCCACCACGGUUCUCCAUCCCCCCCACCAACCACGAGGUGAUGCCCGGCGGCAGCAUCAACCUCACCUGUGUGGCCGUGGGCGCCCCCAUGCCCUACGUCAAGUGGAUGAAGGGUGAGACGGAGCUGACCAAAGAGGAGGAGAUGCCCAUCGGGCGCAACGUGCUGGAGCUCACCAACAUCCGCCAGUCUGCCAACUACACCUGCAUGGCCAUGUCGUCGUUGGGCAUGAUCGAGACCACCGCGCAGAUCCUCGUUAAAGCCCUCCCUCGACCUCCCACCUCUUUGCUGGUGACUGAAACUACAGCGACCAGCGUGACCUUGACGUGGGACUCCGGGAACCCUGAGCCCGUCUCUUACUACGUCAUCCAGUACCGAGCCAAGCACUCUGAUAACGGCUUCCAGGAAGUGGACGGCGUGGCGUCGACGCGCUACAGCAUCGGUGGCUUGAGUCCGUUCUCGCCGUACGAGUUCCGUGUCAUGGCGGUGAACAACGUGGGCCGGGGCAUUCCCAGCACAUCCGUGGAAACACGGACGGGCGAACAGGCUCCGUCGUCGGCCCCGCUGCGUGUACGAGCGAGGAUGCUGAGCUCGAGCACGGCGCUGGUGCAGUGGGAACCUCCUGAGGAACCCAACGGCCUGAUCACGGGUUUCAGAGUGUACUACACACACGACCAGUACUCAAACGCCCCUCUCAGCGCCUGGAACAGGCACAACACGGCCGACGCCGCGGGGCUGGCCACCAUCUCGGGUUUGGUGCCCGGCGCCACCUACAGUCUGCGUGUGCUGGCGUUUACGGCAGUGGGAGACGGACCACCAUCGAGCAUACUGCAGAUUAAAACACUCCAAGGAGUUCCAUCACAGCCGAGUGAUUUCGAUGCCGAGGCUGAACUAGACACUCGCAUCAUGUUGCGCUGGCUCUGGCCUGUUCAGGACCAAAUCAUCAAAUACGAGCUCACCUACUGGGAGGCUGACUCUGGACAGAAGAAUCAUGUGACGUUUGAUCCAUCUGGUUCAUACGCUGUGGAAGGUCUGAAGCCGGACACGCUGUAUAAAUUCACACUGGCUGCUCGAUCUGAAAUGGGUUUAGGAUUGUACACGCAACCCAUCGAGGCUCGUACUGCCCAGUCCAGCCCUUCCGCCCCACCACAGGACGUGAAUCUGCUCAGCCUGUCUUCUACCAGCAUCAAGGUGAGUUGGGUGGCGCCGCCGGUUGCCAGUCGCCAUGGCAACAUUGUGCGUUACACCCUAGUCUAUCAGGUGCUCUCGGGAGAGGACCCGGAGCGUCACGAGGUGAAGGACAUUCCCGCCGAUGCCACUAGCUACGUACUGGAGGAACUGGAAAAGUGGACCGAGUACCAGGUCUGGGUCAAAGCCCACACCGAUGUCGGAGCAGGUCCGGAGAGCAGCCCCACCAGCAUCUGGACCCAGGAAGAUGUGCCGGGCGCUCCCCCGCGGAGGGUGGAGGUGGAAGUAUUGAACUCGACAGCUCUACGCGUGACCUGGAAGUCUCCACUGGUGCAGAAGCAGCACGGACAGAUCCGCGGCUAUCAGGUCAUCUACUCGCGUGUGGAGAACGACGAACCCCGAGGAACACCUGUCAUCCUGGACGUGGCCCGGCCCGAGGCUCAGGAGGCCUUCAUCACUGGACUACAGGCGGAGACAUCGUUCUCCGUUACCGUGGCAGCGUACACCACUAAAGGAGAUGGUGCUCGCAGUAAAGCCAAGGUGGUGACCACUACAGGAGCAGUCCCAGCAAAGCCCACCAUGAUCAUCAGCACCACGGUGGGGAACACGGCUCUGAUCCAGUGGCAGCCUCCUAAAGAGACGUACGGCGAGCUGCUGGGCUUCAGACUGCAGUACAAGCGUCUGGACAACGAGAACGAUAAUAAAGGCCAGAACGAUGACGAGCACUCGUACAUCACGCGCCAGUUCACUCGCACCGACGAUCACUUUACCGUCACCGGGCUGCUCAAGGGCGCCACCUACACCUUCAGACUGAGCGCCAAGAACCGCGCCGGUUACGGAGAGGAGUACGUUAAAGAGGUCACAACCCCCGAGGACACGCCCAGCGGUUACCCACAGAACCUGAGUGUUGUGGGACUGAGCUCCACCUCCACCACGCUGGCGUGGGCUCCACCACUGCUGGUACAGAGGAACGGUAAAAUAGUUCGGUACGACAUUGUGUAUCGAGACAUCAACAGUCUGAAGAAUCAGACCAACAGCACGACUGAGACUCGCCUGAUUGUUAACGGCCUGAAACCCGACACCACCUACGAUAUCCGGGUCAGAGCCUUCACCAGGAAAGGAGCGGGACCCUUCAGCCCCAGCAUUCAGAGCAGGACCAUGGCUACCUCUGUACCUGAAUUCGCCAAAAACUUUGGGGUGAAGGCGGCCACGAAGACAUCGGUGCUGCUCACCUGGGAGGUUCCUGACACCUACAAGCCUCAAGUGCCUUUCAAGAUCCUGUAUAACCAGCAGAGCGUGGAGGUCCAGGGCGAUCUGAGGAGGAAGAUGAUCACGGGUCUGCAGCCGGACACGGAGUACUCGUUCGUACUGAUGAGUCGAGGCAGCAGCGCAGGAGGCCUGCAGCAACAAGUGUCCAUCCGCACCGCCCCGGACCUGCUGGAUAAAAAACCCACCUCCUCCCCGCAGGAAUCCGGAUCAAGGGGUCGAGUCAAUAUCGUACUGCCCACGGUGACCCCCAGUGCCUUCGUCCACAUCAGGUGGUUCUACAUAGUGGUGGUGCCAGUAACUCCAGCUACACUGCACCGCUGGGAAAGUCCAGAAGACAUCAACCUGGAUGAGCUGUUUGAAGGCGGUGUAGACUCCAGUGUGAGGAAAAGGAGAAGGAGAAGUGAUGAAGACCCGAAGCCAUAUAUCGCAGCCAAGCUGAGCACUUUACCCGAGAGCUUCACCCUGGGAGACGAGCGCCACUACAGCGGCUUCCACAAUCGAGCCCUCCAGAGCCACACCCAGUACCGAACCUUCAUCAUGGCUGCUCUCCGAGAACACGAAUCGAAAAUCUUUGCCACCAGCCCCUUCUCGGACCCCAUCACGGUGCAGGCGCACGGCGUGAUGUCUCGUCAUGCCGAGGACCCGGAGAUGCUCUGGGUGAUGGGGCCGGUGCUGGCCGUGGUCCUCAUCAUCAUCAUCGUCAUCGCCAUUCUCCUCUUUAAGAGGAAGAGAACGUCUCCCUCAGUGAAAGAUGAACACACAGCUGGAGUGAAGGACCAUCUGCUGGCUCAUUCAUCUGAUCCUGUAGAGAUGAGGAGGCUCAACUAUCAAACACAGGGUUCCAGCGACCCAAGUUGUCCAGAUACUCCAAGGAUGAGAGAGCACCCGCCCAUCUCCGUCUGUGACCUGGCCGAGCACAUUGAGCGUCUGAAAGCCAACGACAACCUGCGAUUCUCUCAGGAGUACGAGACCAUUGAGCCGGGGCAGCAGUUUACCUGGGAGCACUCCAAUCUCGAAGUGAACAAGCCCAAAAAUCGCUACGCCAAUGUCAUCGCCUAUGAUCACUCCAGAGUCGUCCUAACACCCGUCGACAGUAUACCGGGGAGUGACUACAUGAACGCGAACUACAUAGACGGCUACAGGAAGCAGAACGCCUACAUCGCCACGCAGGGUCCUCUUCCUGAGACCGUCUGUGAUUUUUGGAGAAUGGUGUGGGAGCAAAGGAGCUCCACUAUCGUCAUGAUGACUCGGCUGGAGGAGAAAUCACGAGUGAAGUGUGAUCAGUACUGGCCGAGUCGGGGGACGGAGACGUACGGGAUGAUCCAGGUCACACUGCUGGAUACGGUGGAGCUCGCCACCUACAGCGUCAGGACCUUUACACUCUACAAGACUGGUUCCAGUGAGAAGAGGGAGCUGAGACAGUUCCAGUUCAUGGCGUGGCCGGAUCACGGGGUUCCCGAGUACCCCACCCCAAUCCUGUCCUUCAUGCGCAGAGUCAAAUCCUGUAACCCCCCUGACGCCGGACCCAUGGUGGUGCACUGCAGCGCGGGCGUGGGCAGGACGGGCUGCUUCAUCGUGAUCGACGCCAUGCUGGAGCGGAUGAAGCACGAGCAGGCGGUGGACGUGUACGGUCACGUGACCCUGAUGCGCUCCCAGAGGAACUACAUGGUGCAGACGGAGGAUCAGUACAUCUUCAUUCACGACGCGCUGCUGGAGGCGGCCGCCUGCGCCCACACCGAGGUCCCCGCCCGCAGCCUGUACACGCACCUACAGAAACUCACCCUGACCGCGCCCGGCGAGACCGUCACCGCCAUGGAGCUGGAGUUCAAGAAACUGGCAAACUCUAAAGCACACACGUCCAGGUUCAUCAGCGCCAACCUGCCAUGCAACAAGUUCAAGAAUCGCCUGGUCAACAUCAUGCCCUACGAGUCCAGCCGAGUGUGCCUGCAGCCCAUCAGAGGGGUGGAGGGGUCCGACUACAUCAACGGCAGUUUUAUCGAUGGAUACAGGCAGCAGAAAGCGUACAUAGCGACUCAGGGUCCUCUAGCCGAGACCACAGAAGAUUUCUGGAGAAUGCUGUGGGAACACAACUCCACCAUUGUAGUAAUGCUGACCAAACUCCGAGAGAUGGGACGGGAGAAGUGCCAUCAGUACUGGCCGGCCGAGCGCUCUGCACGCUACCAGUACUUCGUGGUGGACCCCAUGGCUGAGUACAACAUGCCGCAGUACAUCCUCCGAGAGUUCAAAGUCACAGACGCCAGGGACGGUCAAUCCAGGACCAUCCGACAGUUCCAGUUCACCGAUUGGCCGGAGCAGGGUGUACCAAAGACGGGAGAGGGAUUUAUCGACUUCAUCGGUCAGGUGCACAAGACCAAGGAGCAGUUCGGCCAGGACGGACCGAUUACCGUUCACUGCAGUGCCGGCGUGGGUCGUACGGGCGUGUUCAUCACUCUGAGCAUCGUACUGGAGAGGAUGAGAUACGAGGGCGUGGUGGAUCUUUUCCAAACCGUCAAGACCCUGCGGACUCAGAGACCGGCCAUGGUCCAGACCGAGGACCAGUACCAGCUGUGUUACCGGGCGGCUCUCGAGUAUCUGGGAAGCUUCGAUCACUAUGCAACGUAACUGCUUGCCUGUAAAUCACCGGAACGCUCUGGAACGCCCCUCAGGAGAGCCGAGCCGAGCCGGCGCAUUGUUCUGAGCCACAACACACACUCCACGUUUCAGUUCUUACGCUGAGAGAAAGUUCAGGAGUCUAAAUCGACAGCGGGAUCCUCAGACCUCCAUCCUGUCCGUCAUCCGUCAGCUCUAUCAAAUCCAGAAAAUCCCAUAUCACUACAAAAAAAAUCAGUUCUUCGGAAUCUGCUGAGACUUUUAUUGUUUUUUUUUAUGUUUAUCAUUAUUACUUUUAUUAUUAUGAAUUUUUAAUACUAUGCCAGUUCAACACUGUAUGUGAUUUUCAUUUAUAUCAGUAUGUUAUUGGUUCUAUUUUUAUUCUUUGUUAGUAUUGCUAUCCUUUUGUUGUAAUCAUUUUAUCAUUUCUAUACAUACAUAUAUUUUUUUAUUAUUAUUAUGUUAAUCAUGCUACUGUCUUAUUAUGGGGCAGGUAUUUAAUCACGUCCCAAUUAACAAACGCCAAGCUGCUGAUUUUUUCCCGUGUGUCAUUUUUAUCCUGUUUUACUCACUUCCUGUUAUUCGGAAGGAGGCGAUGAGAGCUCUCCUACAUCGUUUCGGCUCCUGACUUCUCCUCCUUUUAAAGAGUGUGAAAAUAAUGACUGGACACUGAUAUUGAACACAGGAUCUGAUAGUCUACAAACUAUAUCCAUGAACUACGCUAUAUGGUGAGAAGUAUUUGGUCACCCCUUUCUAAUGAUUGACUCUAUUGAGUCUACUGACCUACACAAAGCCCUGGUCUCAACCCAACUUAACAUUGAUGGUGAGCCAGGCCUUCUCUCGUCCAACAUCACUGCCUAAACUCACUGAUUCUUGAUUAAAUGGGCACAAAUUCCCACAGAGAAAGACUUCCCAGAAGGCUCGAUGAAAUUAAAGCUACAAAGGAAAGAAGGAGGAAUUCAAAAUAAAUGCACAGGAUGUCUAACCAGAUCAUUGUCAGGUCUCCCAGAACUUUGGUCCGUAUUGUGUAUUAGUGGGCAUCAUUUCCCCCGUGAUGAACCAUCAGCUCCGCUCAGCUCAGAUCAAAUCAGACAUGUACAAGGAAUAUUCUUUUAAAGGUGCGGUCAAUGAUUUUUAAGUGAAAACUUAAGUUUCUUUGUAUUUGAUGGCAUAAAGUAUCUGAUCGGAGAGAAAACGGAGUAAUCGGUGGCGCCCGUGUUCCCAUAAUCUUUGUCAUUUAACCGUAACCCAGGUAUCAAUCGGUCUGUUUACAUUUCUAGCAUUUAGCAGAUGCUUUUAUCCAAAGCAACUUACAAUUGUGACUGACAACAACUCAAGCAAGGGUUAUGUUGAGGAUAAAGGGCCUGGUUAUGUAUAAAGAACUACUGUAUGUUCAGGGGCCAAAUGGUGAAAACUAAGCAGUGAUUUGGCUUGAACAGGCAACCUUCUGAUUUCUAGUCCAGUACCUUAAGCACCUUAACCUUAUUUAGAGAAACUGGUGUUUAAAACAGCCAGCUUCAAUUUACCUUUGCAGCAUUCAGCAGACGCUUUUAUUCAAAGCGACUUACAAUUAUGACUGAACACGAUUUGAACAGUUGAGGGUUAAGGGCCUGGCUCAGAGGCCCAACAGUGGCUACUUGGCAGCGAUGGGGCUUGAACUGGCAACCUUCUGAUUUCUAGUCCAGUACCUUAACCACUAAACUACCAAUGCCUGAUAAUAGCAUUGUUUCCAUUUACAUUUUCGCAGACGAAUUUAGCAGACACGUUUAUCCAGAGCGACUUGCAGUACUGUGACAGUAUAUAUUGUGUAAGCCAUUAAAGUUAGGGACCUUGCUCAAGGGCCCAACAGUGGCAACCUUGCAUUGGUGGAGCUUGAAUCAGCGAUCUUUUGAUUACUAGUCUAGUACCUUAACUACUAGGCUACAACCUUUAAAGUAAUACAUAUACGUUUACAUUUACAUUUACAGCAUUUAGCAGACGCUUUAAUCCAAAGCGUCUUACAGUUGUGACAGUAUACAAUCUAAGCAAUUAAGGGUUAAGGGUCUUGCUCAAGGGCCUAACAGCUGCAACCUGGCAGAGGUGGGGCUUGAACCGGCAACCCUCUGAUAACUAGUCCAGUACCUUAACCACUAGGCUACAACAACCCCUGUUUAGACGGUUGCUGAGGAUUCAAAGAAGAUUACUAAAUAGAGCAUCAACAUGUAGCCGCUCAGGUGGUGCAGCGGUAAAAACACACGCUGGAACCAGAGCUGGGAUCUCGAAUACAUCGUAUCGAAUCUCAGCUCUGCCUGUUGGCUGGGCUGAGCGGUCACAUGAACAACGAUUGGCCUGUUGUUCAGAUAGGGGUGGGAUAUUAAGCCAUAUAAGGACUCUCUCAUAACUGGUGCAAUUACAACCUCUGCUGGCUGAUUGAUGCCGCCUGCACAGAGACAGGGAGAGAGUGUGGAUCAGGGUGUGUCUCUCCGUACAUAGUGCUGAUCCGCAUUGCACUCGUCAAAGUGUAGGUGACCAGAUGCAUAUGGCUGCUGCCCACGUGUCGGAGGGGGCGUGGGUUAGCUUCAUUCUCCUUAAUCGGAGCGGGGGUUGCAUUAGUGAAGAGGAAGCAUGACGCGAGACCAUGAUCAAGAAGGUGGUUCACCCAGGGCGAGGCUAAGCCAUUGCACUCAGGUUGUGCUGACCCCUGCGAAUUCCCCAAAUGUGGGAAUCUCAACUGCAUAAUUUCUGAUAGUGGGGGACUGCGUUCGUGCUCUCCCCUGAUUUAUUACUACAUUUCGUUGCCUUGUACCUGUACUGAGCAAUGACAAUAAAGUUGAAUCUAUCUAGAUUAAAUGUAAACCACUAUAAAAAAUAAUAUGGACCAUCAACAUCCAAUCAGGAGAAAAAUAACUGAUGUUUAACUCUCUCUUGAUACCAUGUUGCGUCAAAUCAGAAAUCCCCAAAUUCCCAAAUCCCAAAAGAUACUUGUUGUGGCCUCUCUGUGCUUGUUUGUCCUUUGCGGUGGCACAUAAAUCCUACAUCCUACAUUAAGAGAGAAAACGGAGUGAUUGGUGGUGCCCAUGUUCCCAUAAUCUCUGUCAUUUAACCAUGACCCAGGUAUCAAUCGGUCUGUUAACAUUUCUAGCAUUUAGCAGACGCUUUUAUCCAAAGCGACUUACAAUUGUGGCUGAUAACAACUCAAGCAAGGGUCAUGUUAAGGAUAAAGAACCUUGUUAUGGAUAAAGAACUAUGUUCAGGGGCCCAACUUUGAGAACUAAGCACUGGUUUGGCUUGAACAGGCAACCUUCUGAUUUUUAAUCCAGUACCUUAACCGCUGAGCUACCAAUGAGAUGUAUUCUUUCAUUUCUUUUUUCUCUGUUUUAUAAAGCCGUCAACCAAUCAGUGUUUUUAAGAGCAAGUUUUCAGCUUGGCUUUGUUCUGUGGAUUUAAAGCCCAGUGAUUAACAGUGUUAACAACAUUAAGCAGCAAUGCUAACCCUUCUUUCCGGCUCAUACAAUAAGACCACGUGUUUUGAGUCUGUAUUUUUAAAGCUGGAUUUGCUUGAACUGAGAAUUUUAACAUUUCACUAUACAGCUAAUGCUAAAAUCACUGUCUGCACCUUUAAAGUCCUGUUAAAGUGUACACACCAGUUGAGGUUUCCCAGUGAACCAUGAAGUAUCUGAAUAGAGAAUCAGACCUCUAUAUAUAAAAUGACAGACAUAAACACCUUACACUAAAGUGCAGUGAUGGAAAACGAUAAAGUACAGUAAAAUGAACGCAGCACAACUGAAUAGAGCACACACAACAAAAGUACAACAAACUUCAGAUUCUUCGCUGCAGACGUGUAACAGAUCGGGAGGGAACAUUUCUGGCCGAUUACAAGACACAGCAUGGAACGGCCAUCUGAAAUCCCUGAUCCUGAUGUCUCAGAUCUCUUAGCCUGUUAUUACUACUAUUGUUAUUUUUUUUUUUUUUAUUGUACCGUAAUGAUGCUAUGAUCGUAUCUCACUGUGGCUCGGAUGGACAAUAGUACAACCUAACCAAUCAGAAUCAUCGAUUAUAGACACUGGAGCGCUUCCCUUCUUUUGAAGUGAGGUGGAUUCAUACACUUCGGACUAAUCUUUGUCGGCAUCGAGAUGGGACGGGUAUCAUGUGAUCGACUGGAUGGUCAUCAGUUUUCUAUUUGUUAAUAAACCAGAAGAGAGAUGAAAUAUGUAUGAAAAUCCUUGAUGUUAAUAAAGUUGAACAACUGGGUUUUGUA